UUCCUUCCCCUCAGACCAAGGUGAGGCUCCGCCUCCACCACCUCCUAAACCCCAUCUCCUCUCUUUCUAUUAUUAUUAUUAUUAUUUUCUUUUAAAAAAAAUUGUACAAAAAAAAAUCUAUAAAUCAACGAAAUUAUAUACUUAGUCGUCUAUAUUUGUUUUUUCAUUCGCUUUCCUUUUCCUCUUUUGUAUUAUAUACGUAAAAACUUCUCAUUGGGAUCGGUUUUUGAUAUAAUGUCUUCGACAAAGAAAGAUUUGGAUCGGAUUAAAGGUCCAUGGAGCCCCGAAGAGGACGAGGCCUUGCGCAGGCUUGUCCAGAACUAUGGCCCGAGGAACUGGUCACUAAUUAGUAAAUCGAUCCCGGGUCGUUCCGGAAAGUCUUGCCGUCUGAGGUGGUGUAAUCAACUUUCGCCUGAGGUUGAGCACAGACCCUUUACUCCCGACGAGGAUGAGACAAUCGUUAGGGCUCAUGCGAGGUUCGGGAACAAGUGGGCUACUAUUGCUCGCCUCCUCAAUGGCCGGACCGAUAACGCCAUUAAGAACCAUUGGAAUUCGACGCUUAAAAGAAAAUGCUCGUCUAUGUUUGACGAUUCGAAUGGUGAUGCCCACGAUCAUCAGCCUCUCAAGAGAUCUGCCAGUGUCGGUGCGGGUACAGUCGUUACGGGUGGGUUUUUUAACCCAGGUAGCCCGUCCGGAUCCGACUUGAGCGAUUCGAGCUUACCUGGAAUGCCUUUAACACAAGUUUUCAAACCCCUCCCUAUAUCAGCACCCAUUGAUCCGUUGAGUCAUCAUCAGAUUGACACUACGUCUUCGGCCACCGAUCCACCUACUUCGCUCAGCCUCUCGCUGCCAUCGUCCGAUUCAUCCGAAGUAUCCAAUCACGGGUCCGGGUCCGGGUUUGGAUCGGUUCAAACAUCUGGGAGUCUGACCCAGACCGUACCACCACCACUACAACUACAACCACUAGUUCCAGCCUUAUUGUUGCAGCGAGAACCAGCUCAUGUGCCGAGUCAGAGCAAUCAGUUUGAGAAACCGUUCUUCAGUGCGGAGUUUCUGGCGGUGAUGCAAGAGAUGAUCAAAAAGGAAGUGAGGACCUACAUGUCUGGGAUUGAGCAAAAUGGUCUGUUUUUCCACACUGAAGCUAUUCGAAACGCCGUCGUUAAGCGUAUGGGAGUUAGCAAGAUCGAGUAGAAGAGUACUAUUCAUCCCUGAUCAAAUUCUAGUUUAAUUCUCAUAGUUAAACUCGGAGGAAUUGAAGACAUUAGAGGACCAUGCACAACCCGGUCUUUGUUCUUAAAAUUUUCCGUUUCUUUUCUUUUCUUUUUUUUUAAAUAUAAAUACCAUGGAAAUAAUUUUGGUAGUGUACAGCGGGAAAAUUGGGGGUCCAGGAAAUGUUAAAUCUUUUUAGGUUUUGUUUAUGAUAGAGAAGAAGAGGGAUAUUGGCUGUGUGGGAUGGACAUUGAGGAACAAUUUCCUUUCAAAUGUUUGGAACUAAAAAAACGUCAAGAAAAUUUCAAAUGUUUUGCUUCUAGGGUUUCUUUUUGAAAAAAAAAAAUGAAAGAACAUUUGAAAUAUGUAUAUAAAAAGCAAUUUGGUCUCUAAUUUCUUUUUUUUUUUAAAUAAAACAAAUGAAAUUAUCAAAAUAAUUUGAAUAAAAAAAAGUUUGUUGUGAGUUGAGAUGGACGGAUGUACAGAAGGGCUGCAACCGUUUUUGUUUGGUUGCUGAUUGGAGAAGGUGUUAGAAUUAAGGCCGUUGAAUUUAUGGCAUGUGACGCACGAAGUUGCACCUGUCAAUUUAUGGCAUGUGACGCUCUAGUUAUGUAGUGUUAAUCUCAAUUCUACCACUAUACUCCAAAUUUGGAGUCUUUUCGCUCUUAGAUCUUUCCUUUUAAUAUAUGGAAAUAUCACAUAUUCAUAAUAAUAACUACUUUUUAUUAUAUAA